CAGUAAGACUUCUGGUCCCCCGACGUUGCUCCCCGAAGAGGAGCUGCACGUCCGUCAUCGUGUCGUGUCGACCGGGCGACGUUCCACAAAUCUCAAGAUCCUCUACAUUAUAAAGAUAAUAAAAACUACGCAACGAAAUAUAAACUGGAGAAACCGGGGGGGAGUUUUAUCGUCUGAAUAGUUCGCAUUUGACCCUGGUACAAGUGUCUUUCGGUUCGGACGAAUUGAACAGCAAUAGCACUACCGAGGAGGAAAAAGAUUUCGAAUUAAAAAAAAACGCGCGCGCGCCCGCGCGUGUGCGUGUGUGUGUGUGUGUGUGGUCUUUGAAAGUACUCGAAUACAAAGGAAACGGAGAACGAUUUGUGAACGAGCCGGACAUUUUGGAUACCGUCUCGAAUUACUCGGGUGAACAAAAGAGAGGAGGAGGACAACGCUUGGUUGCCGACCGGUAGAAACGGGCAAGCUAGCUGUCCCGAGCGCUUAAACUCUUUUUUUACGAGCGUGUAUUUUCGCUGGUGCCGGUUUUCGCUCGGUUCGUUCCUCGCGAUCAGUCGCGCAGUCAAACUCUGCUGCUUUACGUGAAAGUUAAGCUGCCGGGAAUCCUCGAUCGAGGCAAAAAGAGAGCGCGAGGGAGGAAGGAACAAGGGCCAGAGAUGACACAACCGCGAGUGAACGAGCAGCGACUCGGUGAACUUUGAAACGAGUCUCCUAGAGACGGAAGUUUGGACAGCGCACCAGUGUGCCGGUCGAAUCGCCGGCAUCGACGACUUUGAGUUUCGGCUCUUUUUUAACACACCGAGUCAGCUCGACGACGACGUCGUCGUGACGCCAAUUUUUUCAUCGAUUCGACAGUUUCAACCAAUUCCAAAUUCUCCCCGGUUUAUUAAAAUAUCUAAAAUAUUAUUCUCGAUCUGUCAAAAGUUAAAUGGUUUUCCGUUAAGAAGCGAGCUCGCGACUCGGACCAAAGUUACGACAGAGCGCGUGUGUCUCAGCGAAUACGAAUUCAUCCGUUGGCCUCAGCUGCAGCUACGCUUCUCGCCAAGUGCCUCGUCGCCCGUGUACAACGAAAAAUAUCGAGUGAAUACUCUUCUCACCGGUUCUUAUAGCAACGUUACACAUUACCGAUCCGAGCCAAGUUUUUUUUUCACCGGAUAGCGACGAGAUCUUGAAAAAGACAGCGAGAGAGAGAGAGGGAGAGAGAGAGAGAGAGGGAGAGUGCGCAAGCGUUGAAAAGGAUAGCGACGGGGUGUACAUUCUGAUUCCGUCAUUCCGAGUGCGACCGAGACCGGAGGAAGGACACCGCGGGUUGGAACAAGCCAAAGCUACAUCCUCAUCCAUCGUAUUCCGUAACUGCUCCCUCUUUCUCUCCCUCCCUUUGUUUCCUUCGUUGAACUCCUGAGCGAAUCUAACCGCUGCCCGGUCGUCCCCGUCCCAUCGUGUGCCGUCGAUCAGCCGGUCGCGAUCACUAGCCAAAGUGCGGAAGAACAAAAAAAAGCGAACGAACGAAUUUUUUUGGCUGAUGAAAUUGCGCUACGCGGAGAUACCCGAAGCGACACGCUUGCCCGCAGCACACACGCACACGGCACUCGAGAAUCUUUCAAGAGUUUUUAAACACAAAGGCACACACGGAGAUAGAUUCCCCUCGCUCGAGUUCUCGACGGAUUCGACACAAAGAGCAGCAGUAUCGGAAGGGGAGAAAGAUAAACUGUUUUAUCGACGUCGCGAGUGAGAAUUCGGCCGUUGCUGGGGCUGGCGCUGCUGAGGCAACGAGAGCUCACUUUGUCCCACCCGACGACUGCCGGAGCUCUCUCUCUCUCCCUCCUCGUUCGAGCUGGGAGUCCGCUGGCUGACACGAGGACGGAAAAGUCGUCCGCUUCGUUCCACUCUCUUCGCCAAUCGUAAGGGCGUUUCAGCACACACGAGGACUCUCGAUCGAGUCGUACAUCAUUCGCGAUAUUUUCUCCACUCGAUAUAAGUGAAAUUGAACAAACGGCGCCUCGAGUUUUCGCCGAGAUUCGGGAUUUUAAACGAGUGAAGAUACCUCGCCGGUAACGGUAUCAAGCGGUCCGAAAACCGGUGGCGGCUCCCGAGUAACCAGCGAACAAAACGAGAGAGCGCCCGAAAAAAAACGUGUCGAAUCGUUGCGCGUGGAAUCUUUUUCGACGUCGUGACGCGAGAUCCUCUCAAGCGGAAAGUAACCCGACGUCCACAAUGUGACCUUGAGCAAACUUAACGAAAGGUUCCACAAGAUUUUCGAGUACAGAUAAGAAAUUGCGCUCGAAAGAAACGAUGACUUAUCGAUAAACAGUCAUCGCCGAAUUGGCUUUACGGGAGAGCCCCUCGCAACGAGCCGACAACCUACUGUCUCUCCAUCUUUUUUCCCUUCGGAUUGUUCGCAAAUUCGUCUAUUUUAAACUCGCCGCAAACUCGCGCCCGCCUCGUUGCUUCCGUCCCGGAAAGUAAGACCUCGGAAUAAUCGCGAGAAGUUCGCCUCCCGGAGGAUUACGUCAAAGAAGGAGGUGUUGCCAGUGAAAUUUUCGAGUUUCUCAUUCCCCUGGAGUGUCGGUGGUGUUGCCCAAAGUUGAACACGUCGCAGCGACGUUUUGCCGGUCGGAAGUGUCAGUGUUUCGGUGUCACCGCGAUUUUCGUCGCAUCGAUAAAAAGUAAGCGAAGAGCUCUCGCGCGGUCAGUUGCCAUUCGAACGAGUGUCGGUGUGUCGUAUCUACUGAAAACUGUGUCCGCGACGGAUCGUCGAUUACGACCUUGAAAAGAACGCGUUGGCGCUGAGCUCUCGGUCGGCUCGUGCACCUCGAAAGUUCGCCGCUGGGUAAGAGCCCUCCUCGCGCCACUGGGAAAAGCCGGUUCGCCAAUAAAAAAUAAUAAAAGCAAUUGAAGAGGGAUCGCGAUACUCGUCGCAUUAUCCGCGUGAGCGAACGGGGCUUCGUUCGCGAGAUUUUUCACGAGGGAUCUCGCGCGCGCUCGCCAGAAAUCCACGGAACUCGCAAAAACUGCGGAGGUGGGGGAUCGCGAGUUUGACAAGAGAGAAAGAGAGAUAAUUGAAGUGGGAAGGAAAAGCGUGUGUCGUCUCGCUCCGGGAUCGCAAACGCGAUUUUGUGCUUGCGCGAGAAUCGAGUGAAGCGAGAUGAGAGGCGAGCGCGCGAGAGAGCGAGAACUCGCCGCAUAAUUCCCCCCGUGGCUCUGCGGAUGGAAGAGAGUACGCGGUCGUGCCGCGAGGAAUUGUGCGUACCCGCCUUUUCGAAACCGGUUUCGUUCGGCUCCGUGAAACUCGCGGGCCCUCCAACCGCGUUUACAUAGCUCGUCCACGUUGCGGGAAGCCCGUUGAGGUCCGAUAAAACAAGAGGCAGAAGCAGAAGAAUCGCGGAAUGGAAUGAGGCGAGAAAGAGAGUACACGAAAGGGGAGAAAAAUCGUGAAAAUAGUGCGCAAUGAUUGCGGAGAGAAAAAGAAGGACGUAGCGUCGAUCGGAGAGUGGCACGCGGGCGCGCAGAUCGCACACCCACGUACGCCGAGGAUCCGUGGCGAAUAGCUUGCAAAAUUGUUCACGUACUCCUGCGAUUAAUAAACGAAGGCUAACCGGACCGAGCCGGUGGAUCGAGGCUCGUAUUUUUCGGCCGGCGCGCCUGUAGUCUCACCGUUCGGAGUUUGAACGGGAGAAUAAAAUUUGCGGGCCGCGGAUGGGCGAGCGGGGGAGCCAAGGAUCCGCAAUCCCGCAGAAAACAGUUUUUUUCUUCCUUCGGAAAGAAUCCUCCUCGACAAAUAAUUGCGUAAGUUCGAGCGGCGAGAGCGCUCGACGAUCGAAUAUAAAAUGACGGUGAAAUUGGCCGGCAGCCCGAGCGAGGAGCGCGAUCAAUUUGACAGUGUUCAGCGCAGCGUUGAUCGAUGCAAAACCUAAUAAGGGGAGAAGAAGAGCGCGAGGGAGAAACUGGUGUUCGCCGGUUCCGAGUCCACGGACACUAAUUGCGAGGGGCUUAAGAGAAACAUUGAAUUUGAUAAUCUGAUGAUAAGUCGAACAGAAUCGGGAAGUGAUGAAGCAGGUGGGGAAUUCACCGGGAGCCGGUCAGGUUGCGCAGCCGGUAGUAUUGUACGGGAGGUUGAGACACGAGGAGGACUAUCGCGACAGCCGUAACGCGCUCGAGAGCGAAGUAUCGGGCCAGCGGAAGUCGUCGUCGGUGGUGCCGAGCGGGGAAGACGCGGCGACCGGUGAAUCUGCGAGGGCGUUAAAUCGCCAGCAGGAUUUGAAGCAGCAGCAGCAGCAGCAGCGUUCGGUAAAGAGCGAGGAAAAUGAGCCGAAACCAGGGGCGCUCGUCGGGCUCGGAGUCGGUAGCAAAUUGUCGCCGGCAAUGUCCCGAAUGUUGGCCGUAGACGCGGACAAUUACAUGCUUCGGAAGGGUUUGAGCGGGGCCGGUGGCACCACGAGCAACGGGCUCGUCCCGGCCUCCGUUGGCAUAAGCGCUUCGGCGGGGAAUCUCGAAACGAUUGCCGCCGGCGUUACCAUCGGCACGACGACCUCGUUGACGGCUGGUGUGCCGAGCGCCAACAACCCGGGCUCGGCCGCGAGCGUCUCGAUCUUGGGGAGCAUCAGCGAGAGGGCGAUCAACCACACGAACAAUGUCAAUAACAACAACCACAAUCACAACAACAAUAAUAACAACAAUACGAGCAGCAACAACAACAUAAACAAUGGCAACGGGAACAAUCAACCGCGCUCGAUAUCCCGGUGCUACGGCUUCGCCAUCGGCAAGCAACAGCCCCACUUGGCCUUGAACGAAAGUUACUUCGCGCCGGAUUCUCCCCCGGGACAGGCCGGCGCCACUUCCGCUUUCGUUGCCUCGAACGAGUCUCUCUACGCUCAUAAAAACGGCGUUGGCAACACCGGCGGCAAUCAGCCCGCCGCCGCUCAAACUCUCAUCGCGAACGAGAGCAACUUGCUGCUGCUGCGCCGUCAGCAGGAGCACAACCCCGCGAGCCUGCGGCUCUCGGUGCCCCCGGCCUCGAGCAACUCGAGUCCGAAGCAAACAAACGAGGAGAAAAAUCGAGCCCAGGUCAACCUGAGUAACGGCUCGUCGACGGCUCAGAAUCCCCGAUGCUACAGUUCCACUGCCCCGGCUCCGGGGCCCGCUCUCCAUCCUCACAGUCCCGCCGAGACCGACGCCGACAACGCCGAUGUCGAAACGAGCGGGAAAAACUCGUGCCUCGUUUCCUGCGCGAGACCCUUGUCCUUCCACCGGCACAUGUGCUUCUGCACCGGCACCCCGAACCAACUUAAAGUAAACUCGUGUCGCACCGAUCCUCCUCUCAGUGCCGAGACGAAAUCGGGCCUCGAUAAAACACACGACGAUUCCAAUCCCCGCACGGCUCACGCCGCCGCCAGCGCCCUUCAACACACUCAGGAUAAAUUGAACAAACUGAAAACACCGGCUACCGAGAUCACUCGUAAUCUUAAUGCUAAUGUUGAUCAUUGUAAUUCGGGGGGGUUUGUCAAGAGUCGAUACACCGCCGCCACCGCCGUUCCGGGAUCCCUCAAUGACGUUGAACCGUCCUCCGUCGCUGUUCAAAAAACAAGCUAUUCUAACUCGAGUUUGUGUUGUUGUAUGUGCGGAUCUCUAUGCCCUGCAGAGUGUCACGCCUGCUUUCAUCACGUUUGCGCCGAGUUCAGCGGUCAACAUCUCUGCCAAUGGAGCUCCAAGGGGCACGCUUUGCCGGGCCAGGUCUUUGACAAGGAAAAGCCUGUCAGUGAGUGGACAUCCCUGAAUGUGGUCGAAUGGAUGUCGGCCCUAAACCUAUAUCGCUAUGCAGAUGUAUUCAAGUCAAAGGACAUCAAGGGCAGCGAUCUGCCUCACUUGGAUCGAGAGAAGCUCAUGAAUAUGGGAAUAAAGGAUGAGUUUCAUCAGAAGAAUAUAUUGGUGUGCAUCGAGGAGCUGUGUCAUCCGUCGACGUCCUCGUCGACCUCGACAUCGCCAACGUUACCGGGGAGCGAUGCUUCAAUCGUUAAAUCAUUUAGCUCGGUGAUCGGGGGUGAAAUAACGAAUUUGCCGACGGGUAGUAGCGGUGCUCUCGGCGGUGGUUCAACAUCAACGGUCAGCGCUGCUGCUGCUAUUCUCGCGAACUCGUCGUCCAACAAUACAGCCCCUCCGUUGCCGCCGCCAGUCCUCAACUCGCACAAUCUCGUGGCCCACAGUUUUAGUGUAUUAGAAAGAUGCGACAAGUGCCACAAAUAUCUCAGGGGCCUCUUGCACCAAGGAUUUCUCUGUCAAGAUUGCGGGUUGGUCGCCCACAGGACGUGCUCCGCUACGGGCUUGCCUGCGGCUUGUGUACCAUCCGAUCUGGAGACGAGACACAAUCGAUUCACGUCGGUUUUUGGAUUGGCUCUAUGCUCCCAGUUCGAUACCUCGACGCGAAAAGCUCCACUUCUCGUCGAACGUUGCGUCCGCGCGUUGGAGGAAAGAGCUUACAUGGAUGUAACUCUUGAUCUGUACAAAGUCUAUCAUAAUAGUCCACCUAACGAGCAAACGAUCGAGCUUCGUGAGGAGCUUAAUCACGAUGUUUGCAACGCUGAUCUCACUCCGUACAGUCCUCAAUGCAUAGCAAGUGCGUUGAAAAAAUUCCUACGCGAAUUACCCGAUCCCGUGAUUCCUGUCCAGUGGUACGAUAGAUUUUUAGAAGCUUCCAAUCUCCGAGGUGACGAACAGUGCGCGGCAAGACUCGCGCAAUUGGUGGCCGAACUACCGGAACAUCAUAGAUCCACGCUGUAUUAUUUAAUGGCUCACUUUUGUCGAAUUUGCCAAUUGCAACAUGCAAGAGAUUACACUGAACCACCGACCAUUCUCAUUCAAGUACUGUGCCACAUAUUCCUCCGGCCUCCCUGGGAAAGAAUUAUUCAAGUUGUUCACAACACGGAGGCUCACAUUCGCAUAAUGGAAUUGCUCCUGCUCCACGGUAAUUGGAACGAGAGACUGCCGGAAUUUGCGAGCGCUCCCCAGCUACCCCCGAGAAAAGUUUCGAGGCCUCAAUUUCCCGUCCUUGAUCACUUUACGAGUCUGGAGGAGGACGCGCUAACCGCCAACGAGCGCAAAAUGAAUCCGGAUAGCAACAAGGAACAACCGCACAGGCCUCGAACCCUGCAAGAAGCGGAAUGGUACUGGGGCGACAUAACGCGGGACGAUGUUAACGAAAUGAUGAUCGAUUCUCCCGAUGGAACUUUCCUCGUCAGGAACGCCUCUUCGAAAGGUGGCGAAUACACGUUAACUUUGCGGAAAGGUGGCACCAACAAACUCAUAAAGAUCUGUCACAGAAACGGCAAAUACGGUUUCUCCGAACCUUACGACUUUCAUUCUGUCAUCGACCUCGUCGAUUAUUAUCGCAAUUGCUCGCUCGACCAUUACAAUUCGAUUCUCGACAUUAAAUUGCUCUAUCCGGUCUCACGAUUCCAGCAGGAUGACGAGAUCGCGAGUACGACUGACACGGCGAACGUUUUCAAAAAAUACGUCGAGCUCGACAAGGAAAUGACGGAUAAGUUGAGACAGUGGCAAGAAUGCUCCGAAAUUUAUGGUAGAACUUCAUACGAGGUUCAACUUAAGCGACAAGCGCUCGAAGCUUUUUCCGAGGCUAUCAAAAUGUUUGAGGACCAGAUGAAGCUCCAAGAGCUUUAUCACAAAGAGGCACAACCUCACGAGAUAUCGACUCUGACCGAUAACGCCGAAUUGCUGAAGAAUCGAUUAAAGUCGCUCGAAGAUAGUAAGGAACAACUUGACGACAGUCUCCGUCAACAGAUCGCUUACAACAGAACUCUCGAGCGAGAGAUGCACAAACUGAAGCCCGAGCUUAUGCAGAUUGUCAAACAGAAAGACAAGCACUUGCAUUGGCUGAGAAAACACGGGAUUAAUCAGACUAAGAUAAAUCUCAUGUUGAACAACGUGCUUCCAAAUCCCACUGUCGGCGAUCUCGUUCUAACUGAUCUUCAAGAACUCGAUCUGGAAGUUCAUUCCGAUGAGAAAACGUGGCUCUAUCUUGAGGGCUCCCGAUCCGACGCUGACAGAAUUCUUGCUGGACAAUCCGACGGCACUUUUCUUGUCAGGCGCUCUCGAACAGGCCAAUAUGCUCUUUCUAUCAUGUGCAACGGUACGGUGAACCACUGUAUAAUAUAUGCGACUGAGCGGGGUUACGGUUUUGCCGAACCUUACAAUAUCCACGAGUCCCUGAAGCAUUUGGUGCUCCAUUAUGCUCAAAAUUCAUUAGAGGAGCACAACGAGAGUUUGAAUACGACCCUGGCGUAUCCGGCGUUCGCUCCACCUUCGGCGCUGGCCCAGCUACAGGCUCAGCAUCUCCGAAUACAGGGACAGAAUCAGGCUCAGUUCGUGUCGAAUACGCGUACGAUUGUUUGAUCAUCCAUCAGCAGCAUGUGCCAGCCACAAGUUUACGUUUAAUUAUAAAUAUUUGAGCGGCGAGCGUGGGCCUCUCGACAAUUUCGUCAGUGAGUCCGUCCUCUGUUUAGGAGAUCACCGAUGAGCCAGAUGAGGAAUCAACAUCCAAUAUAAAUUGGAACAAUUAUUGCUGUCGGACGAAGGGGAUCCGAUUGGCGUGUGAUUUUAUUCCUUAUUUUCAAGUAUAAGGAAGAAGAGAAACGAGCGGUAGUGAGCCGGUCGCGAAUAAUCGAGCGAGCGCGCGCUCUUACGUUUGGAGUGUCGCGUCGUUUCUAAACGCGAAACACCGACCAAUUCAUUCAUUUUUUCUCGUGGCGUAAACACACGAGAGACAUUUUUUCACGGUGGAAAACCGUCGAGACGAAUAGCCGAAUGUGAGCUCGCGAAAUAAGUACACGCGCGCGCGUGCACACGACACACAACACACACUCACAUAUACGUAAGCAUAAAGGAUCAUUCUCCAUCGCCAUCACUUCGUUAUAUCAAACGGUACAACGAAUUUUCUCGAUGUCUAGAGGAGCUAUUAUUUCUACGUAUAGAAUUUACUAAGGAAACAAGUGAGAAAAGGAGAUAGAAAACAAACGAAAAUAACAAACAAUUUAACAAAAGUAAAAUAAACGAGAGAAACAAAAAAAACAAUUAUGAAAUUAAGGCUUUGUAAGUCUUUAGGCUCGCGUGCGCGCGUGACCGAACGAACACGCCAAGUGAGUUACAUAGAAUAACUGUCUGUGAUUUUGGAUCGAUAGGACGAACGAUAGUGUUUCUAAUUUCUUUAUCUUUUUUCUUCUUUUUUUUUUAUAUGUAAUUCUUCCACAUUUAUAAUCUCUACUUGUUCGUUUCUUGUCAUUUUUCUUCGAAACUCGUUCUACGUUUCUCCUUUUUAUAAAUAUCUAGUUGGAUAUAUUCCAUAAAUAUAUAUAUAUAUAUAUAAAAAUACAUAUAUAUAAAUAGGCAUAUAUAUCGCGUGUGCGCGGCCGGGCGUAGAGCGCCCGUGCCCGAGUGCGAGAGAGAGAGAGAGAGAGAGAGGAAGAAAUAGUGUGCGAGAAUGAUGAUGGGAGUGACAAACGGUAAAGUCGCAAAUGAUUCGUUUCAAAGAUUAAUUGUCGGAUUAUAUAUUGUUACGAGAAAGAGAGAAAGGCGGAGAUUGGCGAGAGAAAACUUGGUGUAAUUGUCGAGUAGCCCGUGAAGCAUGCUGCGGGCACGAAAAUUUUCAAAAUCGAGCAAAUCUGUAAACUGAA